CAAACGGUUUGCGUCUUUACGACGUCUUUACAGUAGGACUUUUCUAUAUUGACCUUUAUUUUACCCGAUCACAUUUUCUAGACGUACAGCUUCCGCUUCCGGUCGGUUUUGUCAACAGUGGGCAGCACGAGUUACCCAUCAGAAAAAAUGCCGAAGAAUCGGAAACAGAAGGGCAAACCUGCGGAGAAGGUUGUCCAUCCGUACAGCAGGAAAGCUGCCUACUUGGCCAGCGAGGAAAUACGACUAAAGAAGAAAGAAAGACAGAAAAUUGAGAAGGCAGCACGUCUGAACACCAUUGGGGAGAAGCUGCUGUGGUUCCAGGCGCAGCUGGACCCGCAAAAGACCAGUUACACCAAAAAGGAUGCUUGUGACAUAAUUGAAAGGUACCUUCAGAGGUUUGAUUCGGAGCUGGAGCAGAUUGAGCUGGUGAACAGCAUCAAAGGUCGUCAAGGUCGUCUCCACUGUGCCAGAGAGAGCACCAUCAAGCAGAAUAUCGAGCGGGAGCGAGCGCAGUACGAGGGCGUGGGAUUGGAGAUCCCAGACUUCAUCAACACAAAACACCUGAAAACCUUCAGGGAAUGGACAGGGGACUUGAAGAAACUUCCAAAUAUUAAACUGAGAAAGGUCUCAAACAAAGGUGUGGAAGUGAUGGACACGGGAGAGGAGAAGAACGAUGCUGCUGAAGAAGAGAAAGAAGAGUUGGAUGAAAAGGAAAAGAUGUCUGACUCCAGUUGAUUUUGUGUACAUUUAUUGCAAAUACAGUAGCAGUCACAGGUUGGAGACACCUUCACAUUGAUUAGCUGGGGUAGGGGGUGGGGGUGUCUCCAAACCUUUCACCAGCAGAUGGCGCCAGAUGUAGAAAAAGUGGUGCCGUAUAUUUCAGGUGGAAGCUUCUACAUUGCAUUCAUAUUCCUUCCUAGACAGGAAAAGUAUCCUUAGUAGAUACCAAAGUGGUCGUCAUGAAAGACUACAUCUGGCCUUCACCUUUUAAAAGAUUUCACAACGCCACAAUCAUGCUUCUAGACUCUUCUUUGGUGUUGGAUUGUCCAGAAGAAACCACAAAUAAACCUUACGUUAUCUUUAUGGAGCAGCAAAUGACCUUUU